AUGCUGCUCAACACCGUUAGGCGCGUGUGCAAGCUGGGCCCCCAGGACCGAGAAGGAUCCAGCCCCAAAGUCCACGGAUCUGAGAUUGAGAAAGCCUGUCUUGACCGCAUGCUUGCGAAAGGUCCCCGGGCAGGCGCCCAGCCUCCAAUGGCUUUUCCCCUCCCCGCCACCGGAGCCAGCCUCGCCCCGGGACCUGCUGCGACCCCGACGUUUCCCGCGGCCGCCCAGCCCCCCGGGCCUGUCAGCGUGGCGGGGUGUGGCGGGUACCAGCCCUGCACCAGCUGGCCCCCGGAGCCUGCCCCAGCGCCCAGCACCGCUCCCUCCUACCAGGACGGUUACAGCCGCGAACCAGCGACGGAUGCCGGCAGCUACGAGAACAAACAGGAUCCCCUGCCCGCUGCCAGCCAGCCUCGGCUCCCGGCCUCGGCCGUGCCGUGCCAGCCAGGGACUAAAGGAACGCAUGUCUGGCCCGGCGGUGGGUACGGCCAAGCGCAGCCCCUGCAGCAGGCGGCCACCGCUAGCGCAGGACAGCCAGUCAGCACCCUGGCCCUGAGCUGCACGGAGAACGACACCUGUCUGCCGGCUGCCAGCGCUCGGCCCGCGGCCUCCGUCUCCACCCUGCCUUCCUACACCCCGACCUCCUACAGCCCCACGUCUGCCCUGGACGCAGGACCGAGCCACCCGAGCUGUGACCUGGCCGAGCGCUCGGCAACCGGUCCUCACCGCCCCUCACCGCCGCCCCCCCGGCCGCCCCCUCCACCCCCAGAGCCCAUGGGCUCCCUGUGGGGCGGCCCCGGGAACAGCCCCAGGGCCGGUUCUGCUGGCAGCCUGGCCAGAAAGCCCCCGAAGCCCAAGGGUGGCCCCAGGCAGCCCCUGCUUCACUACUGUGACGUCUGCAAGAUCAGCUGCGCCGGCCCCCAGACCUACGUCGAGCACCUGGAAGGGCAGAAGCACAGGAAGAAACAGGCGGCUCAGAAGAUGGGCACCCGGCCUGACGGCAGCCCGAGCAGGGCGCAGACACAGCUGCGCUGUGGCCUGUGCGCCGUGUCCUGCACUGGGGCAGACGCCUACGCCGCUCACAUCCGGGGGGCCAAGCACCAGAAGGUCUUCAAGCUGCACAGCAAGCUGGGGAAGCCCAUCCCCCCCAUAGAACCCGUGCCGGGGAACUCCAGCUCGGCCACGGCCGCGGGCGCCAGCAGGCCGGCCCCCCUCACCGCGGAGAGUCCCCCCACGGCCUCUGCCAAGCCCACAGCCCCCGCCGGCCCCAGCGCACAUGCCCUGAGCAAGCCAGGGCCGGCCAGGAGACCGGCGGCUUUGAAGGCCUCGCGCCUGGGGCCCCCCGAGCCGCAGGCAGCAGGCAGCAGACUCGCUGAAGGGGCACACCUCGUAUCAGAUGGGUCUGGGGAACCGCCCACCGGAGGAGGCUCUGCAGAAGCUUCUGGAAGGUGUGAUGUGCAGCCCGUGGGCCCAGGCUACGUGGAGGAGUGUCCUCUGACCUAUGUCCCCCUGACCACCUCUAUCCCCCUGACCCCGGGAUCCCCUGGUAUCUGUGUCCCUCUGACCUCCUAUGUUCGAAGCAUUAUUGACAUGGUGUCUGAUGCUCGGAAGGUCCAGGCAGCGUCUGAGCUGGAGAGCAAGACCCAGGACACACUCAGCAUUGCAGCUGUCCUUCAUUCCCUGCCUCUUGCCCUUGGCAUAUGUUCUCCCGACCCGCCUGGCCUCACUCUCCCUGAUAUACGGCGCUACGAUCUGUGUAGGAGGCGACUGGAGGAGGGGCCACAGGCCCAGGAAGAACACCUUGGACCCUCGCCACCUGACCAGCCCCCUCCUUCCCUCCUGAGCAGGCCGGGGGCACCUACUGGCUCACCUCUGCCCACACGGCGGCCGGAGUCCAGCGAUGACCGGCAUGUCAUGUGGAUGCAUGCUGCCAUCUACCCCACGGAGGAGGAGCUCCUGGCCGUCCAGAAGGCCGUCUCCCACGUGGAGCGCGCCCUCAAGCUGGUGUCCGACGUGCUGGCCGAGGAGAGCUCCGGAAGCCCAGAGCAGGAGGGCGGCGAGCACAGCGGCGGCUCCCCCAGAGCUCGGGUCCUGAAGGGCGUGAUGCGGGUCGGCCUCCUGGCGAAAGGCCUCCUCCUGCGGGGGGACAGGACGGUGCAGCUGACCCUGCUCUGCUCGCAGAAGCCCACCCACACCUUGCUGCGGAGAAUCUCGGAGCAGCUGCCCCUGCAGCUCCCGAUGGUGACAGAAGACGAGUAUGAGGUCUCCUCUGACCCCGAAGCCAACAUCAUCAUCUCCUCCUGCGAGGAGCCCAGGAUGAGGGUCGCUGUGUCUGUCACCUCGCCCCUGAUGCGGGAGGACCCUUCCACGGACCAAGAAGGAAGGCAGGUGCCUCAUCCUGACCCAGAAGACAUCCUGAGCCCAGAGAAGUGCCUUCAGUCCCUGGCCGCCCUCCGCCACGCCAAGUGGUUUCAGGCUCGAGCCAGUGGCCUACAGCCGUGCGUGAUUGUCAUCAGGGUCCUUCGUGACCUCUGCCAGCACGUGCCCACCUGGGGGGCCCUGCCGGCCUGGGCCAUGGAGCUGCUGGUGGAGAAGGCCCUGAGCAGCACGAAGGGGCCCCUGAGUCCCGGGGAAGGCCUGAGGCGUGUCCUGGAGUGCGUAGCCUCGGGGAUGCUCCUGGCAGAUGGGCCUGGGAUCCAGGAUCCCUGCGAGAGAGACCAGAGGGACGCCCUCGGGCCCAUGACCUGCCAGCAGCGUGAGGACCUCACGGCCAGUGCGCAGCACGCCCUGCGCUUGUUGGCGUUCCGGCAGAUCCACAAGAUCCUGGGCAUGGACCCUCUGCCGCCCCCCAAAAGCAGGCCGGGGGCGCGCUUCCGGAAGAGGCUGCGGGAGGCAGGAACUGAGGCCCAGAAGGGUGAGGUCCCCGGGAAGCAGGGCCGGCAGGGUGGAGAGGGGCCCCCGUGA